AUGAGUGACCAACAGUUGUUCUUGAGAGCAUCAAUGGUGCCGAGAAUAAGCAUUCAAGAAUUCUCUUCUUCUGAUCAUAAUCAUCAUGACGAGGUUAAUACUUACGUGGGUAAAGUAGCUUUCAUGUUCUUGACAAAGGGUCCACUUCCCUUGGCCCCUCUGUGGGAGAAACUCUUUGAAGGCCAUCAAGGUUUUUACUCCAUUUACAUUCACUCACAUCCCUCUUACCAAGAAACCCUGCCUGAAACUUCUGUAUUCUACAACAGAGGAAUCCCUAGCCAGCCUGUGCACUGGGGAACCUCAUCAAUGGUUGAUGCCGAGCGACGUCUGCUGGCAAAUGCCCUCUUAGAUUUCUCCAACCAAAGAUUCGUCCUCCUCUCCGAAUCCUGCAUUCCAUUAUUCAACUUCACCACCAUCUACAACUACCUCAUGAGCUCCAACUUGAGCUUCGUAGGCUCAUUUGACGACCCACGAAAACCCGGCCGAGGCCGGUACAAUCCCAAAAUGUCACCUCAAAUAAACAUCACCAACUGGCGAAAAGGGUCACAGUGGUUCCAAGUAAAACGCGAGCUAGCACUAGAAAUUGUCUCUGACACCAAAUUCUACUCGAUCUUUUCCGAGCAUUGCCAGCCACCUUGCUACAUAGAUGAACACUAUAUUCCAACAAUGGUGAGUAUGAAGUGGCCGGAAAUGAAUUCAAAUAGGAGCCUUGCGUGGGUUGAUUGGUCCAGAGGAGGUUCUCAUCCUAGAACAUUUGGAUGGGGUGAUAUUACCGAUGAGUUUUUGAAUCAGAUCCGACAUGGGUCUACCUGUGAUUAUAAUGGGGUUUCUUCAUCAAUUUGUUUCUUGUUUGCUAGAAAAUUUUUACCUAAUUCAUUAGAACCCUUGUUAAGGGUGGCUCCUUUGGUUAUCGGUUUUGAUCCAUGA